CCUCAUGCUUGGCACGCCGUCGCUGGUUGAGCUCUGCGCCACGCAAGCCGCUGCGAGCUGCGCUGUCGACGAGAUCGCGGCCGCAGUGGCAUGGCUGCCAACCGAGGCCAUCGAGCGCGUCUGGGCACACAUGUCGGCAAAGAGACUGCGCAAGUUCGAGCUCGCGCUGCCGUCGGCCUGUCCCGACGACGCCGUUGCCCUCCUGGAAGCACUGCAAGCACAGUGGCGAGAGCGCAUUCGCCGCGAUGUCCGGAGCCUCAACCACAAGCUGGACUCGAGCAAGUACUUUGACAACGCGUCCGAGGCGACGACGUUCAUUGCCACAACGCGGGUCACCACGUGCUACCGGCGCGCGUACUGGGAGCACCAAUUCCGGAAGCGGCUCGUCGAGCACGAUAUGGACCACGUCGCCGGCGCCGCAGCGAGCGCUGACGACGUUCCACUUGCCCUCUUCAGCGGUGUCGUCCACCAGGUCAAGGUUCGCGGACGGGAAAUGACGCGCGCCAACGUCGACGUGCUUUUGUCGCUGCCCAGCAUCGAGCGCCUCGAGCUGCACCACGCCCAGGUCUCGGACGACCUAUGGCGCCUUCUAAGCGAGCUCAUUGAGACGCUGCCAGCGCUGCGCGAGGUCUGUCUUCUUCACAGCAAGCUGCCCACUGUCGCGCCGCUCCUUGCGGCGAUGGCUCGGCGGCGUGGCCACCCCAUCGAUGUGCUUGGUUUCUCGUCCGUCAAGAUGUCGCCGAUAGCGCUUCGAGAGAUUGUGGCGUCUUUUCAACGUGAUGGCGGCUCGAGGUUAUGCCGUCUGCGCCUCAACAACUCGGUCACGGACGUUGCCGGCGUCAAUGCGCUUGUCGCCUGCGGCAGUCGCGCGCUUGAUACCCUCGUGCUGCAGUUCAACGAGCUCGAAGACGAAGCGCUUGACGACUUGACGGAACCGUCGAAUCUCAAGCACGUGUCACUGGCGCACAACUGCCUCACCAACAUCGGUCCCGUCGCGCAUUGCCGCCAGCUGCUGUCGUUGGAUCUGAGCAGCAACGAACUGGGCGACGCUGGGGCGUCUCAGUUGGCAACGGACGUCUUGCCGCACUUGACCAACUUGACAGCGCUCUACCUCGUCAACUGCACCAUCACGGACGUCGGCGCGGCGGUGCUCUUGCCAGCGAUUACGACCCAAGCCCACAUCGCGACGCUCAAUCUCAGUCGCAACUUCGUUGGCCCUGCGUUUGGGACGGAAUUGAGUGCCUUCAUCGCGAGCAACACGGUCGUCCACACGCUUCACCUGAGCUCGAUCGGUCUUGGUGACACGCCGCCAUCACCGUUUCUGGUUGCGUUGGCGUCCAAUCGCACGCUGCGACGCCUAUCGCUCGGCGAGAACCGGCUGCGGAACCAAGGGGCAGUCGCUGUCUUCUGCGCGCUAGUACAGCGCGCGGCGUUGGUGCCAUUUGAGGCCGUGGAUCUGCGCGGCAACUUACUCAGCGACGACGGGCUCCGUAGCCUUGUAGCAGCCACGUCCGGACGCAAGCGCAAGGCAUCGCAGCUCAAGUGGUCGUCGGACGCGCAUCUGAUCGACGAGUUGAACCUCCAGGACAAUGUAUUCCAACCCGAGACUGUUCGAGAGGCGUUUCAGCGCUUGGCACCUUGUAUCCAGCAUGUCUUCAUGAGCCACAUCGAGCCCGCGUCGACGGUCGCGUACGACGACGAAGCCUAGUCGACCACCCGACGUGUACAGUAGGACCCUAACCUCGAUAGUUCAGAAUCAGAAUAUAUCGGUUUUGGAAUAAUAACUAGAAACGC